AUGCUGAGCGCGCUGCUGACGGCGCGGACGGCGGCGCAGGGCGCGGGCACCCUGUAUGAGCUCGCCGGCGCGGAGUGGUGGGAGGCGCGCGGCGAGGCGCCGCCGCCGCUGCCACCAGAGGGUGUGCUGCAGGGGGUCAUGCGCGACCUGUUCAGCCCCGCGGCUCGCGGGCGGCUCAGCAGCUUCGGCGGCGCCGCGGGCAGCGGCGCGGCCGUGGGCGCGGCCGCGCAGGCGGCGGAUGGGGCCGAGCACCCGCAGCCGGCGCAGCAGGCGGCGCUGCCGCGCGCUGCGUGCCGGGGCAGCCUGCUGGGGCGUCUCGCGCUUCACUGCCUCACGUUUGGCAACGCGCGUGCCAUCGCGCUGCUGUGGCAGCGUUUUGUGGAUGAGCCGCCGAGCCACCGCCGCCCCGGUCCCCUGGCCGCGGCGACGGCGGCGGCGGUGGCGGCGGCGGCGGGCGGCAGGCGGGGAUGGGCGGGCCGCCGGCGCCCGACCACCGGGCGUGCCUGA